GAAGCUUUUUAUGGGCGGACAUAGGUGUACAAAGGCCCUCUAGAAGCAUACCUAGAUGUUUUAAGGAUGAACACAGGCGGUUUAAGAGCGUACACAACCAUUUUUCGAUGCGAGUCAGUGUUCUGUUAGAAAACAACUCGAUUUAUCUGAAAAAUAUGAAUUUUAAGCUCUGACGUUCCGAAAAAGAGCAAAUAAAGAAUGAAUGCUAAACGAAGUUUUAUUAACAAGCUGUUGUCAGAAAAAACGAAUGCGCCCAGAUGUCUUCUGAAUAAUGUUUAAAAGAAAAGUGAUAGAUAUUUGCAGUCUUCACCAGUUGAAUGCCAAGACCUUACCGCAUUUUGUCAUGGCGAAAGUCAUUUUGAAAAUCUUUUUCUAAAGCAGAUUUUCCAGAGGAUCUUUAGAAAACAAUGUUAUUACUAAAAAGCUUAAAAUAGAAAUAUUUUGGUUUCUUUUCAUGGGUAAGUAGUGUAAAGUGUCCUCUUCAAAAUGAGAGUCAAGCGAGACCUUGAUUUUCACUGGUGCGGUCGUGGUAUCGGACUUCACUGCAGUCUCAUGACUGGCAUGAAAUAACUUGGGAUAGCCUUUAAAUCGCGUUGAAAAUGCGUAAUCGAUCAGGCUGAAUCUCAUGGCAAUGUUUGUUUUUAGGAAAGAGUUCAAAAAUCUGGUGAAAACUGAGGAUUGUUUUCACCUAAUAUUAAAAAAUUCACAAUCCACUAAAAACACAACAGAACGCGUUCAGAACUUCAGGGAAUGGCUGAAUUAGUCUGAUAAAUGUGAUUAUAUCAUCGGUAAAGUCGAAAACUAUAUUUUAGCCGAAACGUUUUUCAGAUAUCCUUUCGUAGGAACUAUCAAUGUUUGCAAACUUAUUUUUCUCGAUUUCUCAUAAAUACGAUAUAGAAUAGCAUAACUACUCUACAUUCUAAACUUUUGAACACGUUCUGUUGUAUUUUUAGUGGAUUGUGAAUUUUUUAAUAUUAGGUGGAAACAAUCCGAAAAACCCAGUUUUCACAUCAAUACAAGAACAUCUGGACGAUAUGGUAAAUAAGAUAGAAAAUAUUGAACAUCGACAAAGAUUCAAGGACUUUCUCCAAGAUUAUAGUCAUUUAUUUGAUACAUUCAAAAUCACAGUUGCAAAAACGGAAGUAUCUCAUGUUAUUAACACAAAACCACAUUCUCCACCAUUUUCGAAAUGUUAUACAAUGAGUAAACAGAAAGAAGAUGCCUUGUAUGAUAUUCUUAUGGAAUUAAUGAAUGUUGGUUUGAUUUCAAAAGCUAAAUCGCCGUAUGCGGCUCCUGCAUUAUUAACACCGAAGUCAGACGGCAGUUGGAGAUUUGUGAAGAAUGAAAGAAUUAUGAAGAAAUCAUACAUUUUUAUACUGUGUGUUAGACUGUUUUUAGAAUACAGAGUUAGUAAGUCGACGGACCAAGUUACACCUGAAGUGCGUCCCAAGAAUUUUAAUGGCGGUUUAUCGUAG